AUGAUCUUAGCCGGUUCACAAACAAUCCUGUGUUCGUUAAAUGAAGAUUUCCAUUCGGGAAUUUCGAUUCGGGAAAAACGGCGGGUACCGCAAGCAGUAGUUGAUGCUCACGCUAAGUUUAUUGUAAUCGAUGUUGGAGAUUAUGGUCGGUCUAGUGAUAGUGGGAUUUUCAAAGAAUCUUUAAUUGGUAAACAAUUAAUUCAAAAUAAAUUAGAUUUGCCAGCACCCCAAAAAAUUGACGAAAAUAUUAAUGAAGAUUUCCCCUUUGUAUUUGUUGGCGAUGAGGCUUACCCACUUUUACCUAAUUUGAUGAGACCUUUCCCUCGUAGAAAUUUAACAAAUGAAAAACGUAUAUACAACUAUCGACAAUCCCGAGCGAGAAGAAUAGUCGAAUGUGCGUUUGGAAUUAUGGUAAAAAGGUUUAACGUAUUAGAAAAUAAAAUGUUAGUCGGCCCUGAAAAAGCUACAAAAAUAACUCAGGCGAUUUGUGUACUUCAUAAUUUAAUUAUGACUUGA